AUGGUUUGGGUCAAACCGGACCAUCUGAUGGUCUCCCAGCCGUUCUGGUAAGACCAAAAAAAAAUUAUGUCGUUUUUCCAGGAUAAAUGAACGGGCAAAUCUGUUUUUUGUCUUACAAAAGAGGAAAGCACAGGGCAAAGGACUUGGAUCACUUUUUGUAGCUACCAUCGAUUCAGUUUUUGAUACAAAAUCCCUGCCUUUUCGUAUCAUCUAUCACUAUGAUGGAGAUGAUCUGAGUAUCUCAACAGGUAUUUUUGUAUCGAUUUUCCUCUUGAUUUCUAGUCGUUGCUGUUGCUCUGAAUUCAAGUGAAAUCCAAACACAUUGGGAUUAUUUGGAGAAGAAUGUUUUACCAGUCCUGGCAAAAUUCGAGACCGAGGCCGAAGCCAGAGAGUUUGUAAUGACCAAAGUCGAAAGCUUGUUGGAAGCCGAGAAGAAUAAGAAACAAUCAUCUGAGACAGAAGUGUCCAAGGAUCUGGUGUUGCAUAAGUUUCACAAGAUUUUCGAUUUACCGACCGAAGAAAAAUUAGUCAAUUGUAAGUUAUUGAAUUAACAAAUUAAUCGAGUCGAUAACAGAUUAUGCCGGUACAUAUUGGAAGGGCAGGACCCCGUUUCAAGGAAAACUUUAUUUCUCGGUCAAUUUUUUGUGUUUUUACAGUUUCUUGGUGGGAAAGCAAACCAAGAUUCAGAUCCGUUGGACCGAGAUUACUGUAAGUUGUCUGCUAAACGUAUAUCUUUUGAAUUUUAGAAAUUGGAGAAGAAUGCGCCUCUCCUCUUCCCUCAAACUUUUACCGUUGUUACCCGAAGCGAAACCUACGACUUUUCAUUACUGGUCAGCUUCAAAGAGGCAUUCAAAUUGGCCUCUCAAUUGGCAAACAUGGCCAUGAAACAGUAUGUUUUUAUUGAUAACUUUCGGAGGAUUAAUUUAUACAGUCGAUAUCAAAAUUAUCCUUAAGAAAUGCUGAACUCAGAGUGUGUGGACCACGGUACUGA